AGUACACAGCAUCGAGUUCGAAGGCAAGAUUAUACCAUAUACGAACAGCAUAGUGGGGAAGAGUCAUAUUGCGAUUCAGAAGCGCGAAAUAAAGAAUCUUCGCAAAGUGAGCAUUAAGAUACGGCAUCUUAGCGCCCCGAGAUCCGUUUUCUCUCUGUAAUUUCUCUGGCCGACGCUCCCGCGUCAAAGCCCCAUCACAGACUCUCGAAGUGCUCUUUGCGACACCAGACUAAUAACAACCGCAUCUUUCGAAAAUCUCUGUAUUGACUGGCAUCCUGAAGGACAUCUGAACGACACCUACGACCGCUGGUAUAUCUCCCUGGUACGACGACAAUGGCGCUUCCCGCCAUCUUCCGCAUGUUGCGGCCUAAGACUUUCUUGUACCUCAUAUCGCUGCGAACCGGUACUGAGAUGAUCGCUCUGACGCUACUUAUCAACAAGGUGUCAGGCAUCUACGGUCUGAUCGCCAUCCUCACUGGUUAUCACCUCGACUGGCUGCAACUCACCAUGUACAUCUACUCGAUCGGCAUCCUCGGCGCCCUCUGCUAUCUAUCACCACACAUCAAGCGUCAGAGCCCGUUACAAUGUCUUGCCCUCGCCUGGCUCUACGUACUCGACUCACUGAUCAACGCUACCUACACUGCACUUUUCGGCACAACUUGGUUCUUGAUGCUCGCACGUCACAUCAACGACGACGUCUCUGGAGAUGACUCCAAAUUUCCCGGUGGCAAGAUGAUGAAUGAUACCGCAGGCUUCACUAGCCCCGAAGUCAACGCAACUCACGUUGAGGUUGUCGCAACUCCUGCCAUGCCCGGUCAAAAGGCUGUCGCUGUAGGCGUCAACGACGGCUCCGCCCUCGGACAAGCAGUCUUCCAGUCUGGUAGCAUCGCUAGUAUCACUGUUAUCUGCGCCCUCUGGACUAUCCGCAUCUACUUUUGCCUGGUCGUCGUGGCCUACGCCCGCGGUGUUUUGCGCCAGCACAUCCUCAUGACCUCCGCCAACAACUUCGGCCUUCAAGGAGGCUCCGAGCGUACCGAUUUGGCAGAAAACCCGUUCCGUGAGGGGCGCGAAGAGGGCGAGGGCUGGAAGGGUCGUCUUGGACGCGUUAUGACCUCGGUCGGAAAGGGAUACUGGCUUGGCAAAGAUGAUGAGGAUGAGUGGGUUCGUGGUACUGGCGAGCGCUUCACCAACAAGAAGCGUCUCAACAUCAAGGUCCCUGAGCCUGGCGUCGGCGAGCGCGAAAGAAGAGCUAGAAGCGGCACUGGACCGCCGCCGAUGGUCAAGAAGCAGGAGACAUCCUGAUCUAGGAGAUGAUUCACGUUCACGAGGCACUUGAUAUGUAUCUUAAUGUGCAUGUAUACUCAGGGGCACACACAGGAGUUCGGGGCAGGAGAUUUCUUUACGUAGCAAAGACCUAUUCUUGUAUAAUCGAUAGUUGGGUAAACACGGC